CACAUUACAGACUAUAAUAGAUAGCCACUCGACUCACCGACUCGUUCCUUUGAGAAAGAGAGAGAGAGAGACACCAACUUCGGAGGAGAGAAUCUAAUUCAUCUUCUUUCUUUCUUUCUUUCUUUCUUUCUUUAUACGAGAAGAUCCACUGGUGAAGACGGAAGAGGCACCAUGGCAAUGGUCAAAGAGAAAGAACAAAACCAUAACAAAGACAAAAAGCUCCUCGUCGGCGUUAUUUGGAACUUCUCCGCCGAGCUCAAGCUCACUUUCAUGGCUUUACUCGUUCUCUUCACUUUAGCCACUCUCUUACCUUUCUUACCUUCUUCUUUCUCUCUCUCCACUUCCGAUUUCCGCUUCUGCAUCUCUCGCUUCUCCUCCGCCCUCCCCCUCAACACCACCACCACAGCCACCGUAGAACAAUCCUCCUCCUCCUCUUCCUCCCCGACGACGGAGGUGAAGCUAGAUCGAAUUUUGGAUAACGGAGUUAUCAAACGGACGUUUACCGGCUACGGCACAGCAGCUUACAACUUCGUCUCCAUGAGCGCUUACAGAGGCGGCGUUAACUCAUUCGCCGUUAUCGGAUUAGCAUCGAAACCUUUACACGUGUACGGUCACCCUUCCUACAGAUGCGAGUGGGUCUCGUCCGACCCGAAUCAAGAUCCGAUUUCAACAACCGGGUCUAAAAUCCUAACCGACUGGGGCUACGGACGGAUCUACACAACAGUCGUCGUUAACUGCACAUUCUCGUCACUCUCCGCCGUGAAUCAACAAAACUCCGGCGGUAAUCUCAUCCUCCACGCCACCACCGGAGAUCCAGAACUCAACCUCACCGAUUCAAUCCCAGUCCUAACCGAACCCCCAAACUCCGUCGAUUUCGAUCUCUACAACUCCACCACCGCCGCCGCCACGAAAAAGAAGUACGAUUACCUCUACUGCGGUUCGUCCUUAUACGGCAACCUGAGCCCGCAGCGAGUCAGGGAAUGGAUCGCUUACCACGUCAGAUUCUUCGGCGAACGUUCGCAUUUCGUUUUACACGACGCCGGAGGGAUCCACGAGGAAGUGUUCGAGGUUUUAAAGCCGUGGAUUGAGCUAGGGAGAGUGACGUUACAUGAUAUCAGAGAUCAAGAACGGUUCGAUGGGUAUUACCAUAACCAGUUCAUGGUUGUGAAUGAUUGUUUGCAUAGGUAUAGGUUCAUGGCUAAGUGGAUGUUCUUCUUCGAUGUUGAUGAGUUCGUUUAUGUUCCGGCGAAAGAGACGAUCUCGUCGGUUAUGGAAUCUCUGGAAGGAUAUUCUCAGUUUACUAUUGAACAGAUGCCUAUGAGUAGUCGGAUCUGUUACGACGGUGAUGGUCCGGCCAGAACUUACAGGAAGUGGGGAAUUGAGAAACUGGUGUAUAGAGACGUCAAGAAAGUUCCAAGACGGGAUAGGAAAUACGCGGUCCAGCCUGAGAAUGUAUUCGCGACAGGAGUCCAUAUGUCUCAGAAUCUGCAAGGGAGAACAUACCACAAGGCCGAGAGCAAAAUCCGUUACUUCCAUUACCAUGGUUCGAUCUCUCAGCGACGCGAGCCUUGUCGUCAGCUUUUCAACGAUUCUAACGUCUUUUUCGAGAACACUCCUUACGUGCUCGAUACUACGAUCCGUGAAGUUGGCCUCGCCGUGAGGACGUUUGAGUUGAGAACGAUCGGUGACCGGCUGCUACGGACACGACAAUGAAGAGAAGAGAAGAGAAGAGAAGAGAUGAUUAAAAANAAAAAAAAAAAAAAAAAAAAAACUGAAUAGUGAAUGUAAUAUUCAUCUUUAGAAAAAAUUAGAAGUUGUCGAGAUUUGGGACAUUACGUUAUUGUUUUCUUUUGGGGGUAUAUUCUUUUAUUGUAUCAUAGUUUGGGUAAUGGGUUCAUUAAUACAGCUUUAAAAACUCGGUGGUACAUAUAAAUAUGUUCUUCUGUAUGGAUUAGAAAAGGUCACUUUUGAGUAUAGUAAUCACCGUCCGCAUAAUUAGAAGGAAUAAUCAUGUUCUUAUUCU